GUCUUGGUUUAUGGCCAAUAUGUCUUCCUGCGUUUUAUUGCGCUGACUCGUUCCAACCCGCGCACUGGAAAUUUCGUUUCUUCUCUUCCACUCAUUGCUUCGUAGAGUUCAGCCGCCAUGUUCUUGAAAAGAUCUUUGGCCCUCACUGGGCGUUACUCUCGCAGAAGCGCUUUGCCUUCUUUUUGCUUCACGGUGCCAUCCCGGUUAUAUUCCGCCGUUAAGACCGUGCCUCUCACGGCCGAGACUUACUCGGACAAAGUCCACAGAAACCCCAGCUUCAAAACGUUGGAAGACAGUGAUCUCGAGUUUUUUCGCUCUGUUUUGAAAGACGAAAACUAUGUCAUAACGAACGAGGCUGACCUAGAUUUCUUCAACGAGGACUGGAUGAGAAAAUACAAGGGCCAGUCCAAGUUGGUGUUGAAGCCCAAAACCACACAGCAAGUCUCGGAAAUAUUGAAGUACUGUAACGACAAAAAACUCGCUGUGGUUCCACAGGGCGGAAACACUGGGUUGGUGGGUGGCUCGAAUCCGGUUUUCGACGAGAUCAUCCUCUCGGUGUCGAGCUUGAACAAGGUCCGCUCUUUUGAUGCCGUGAGCGGAAUCUUGAAGUGUGACGCUGGUGUCAUCUUGGAGAAUGCCGACAACUUUUUGGCGGAGAACGGGUACAUUUUCCCCCUUGACUUGGGUGCCAAAGGUUCCUGUCAUGUUGGAGGUGUGUGUGCUACAAACGCCGGAGGCCUUCGUCUUCUUAGAUACGGAUCUUUGCAUGGCUCUGUCUUGGGUUUGGAGGCUGUUCUCCCAGACGGCACAAUCUACAAUUCCAUGGACGCUUUGAGGAAAGACAAUACUGGCUAUGACUUAAAGCAAAUGUUCAUCGGUUCUGAGGGAACAAUCGGUAUCAUCACAGGGGUUUCUAUCUUGUGCCCUUCGCGUCCUACCGCCACAAACGUUGCUUUUUUGGCCGUUUCGUCGUACGAGGCAGUCCAAAAAGUUUUCGUGGGUGCUCGUCGUGAGUUGUCCGAGAUUCUCUCUGCUUUUGAGUUCAUGGAUGGGAAAUCACAACUCUUGACUGCGCGUUACUUGAAGGCAGAUCACCCCAUCGAGAGCGGACAAUAUCCUUUCUACAUUUUGAUUGAGACCAGUGGCUCUAACAGAGACCAUGACAUGGAGAAGCUUGAAACAUUUUUGGGCAACGCCAUGGAGGAGGAGCUCGUCGAUGACGGAAUCAUCGCUCAGGAUGAAACUCAAUUACGUAAUUUAUGGGCCUGGAGAGAGUCUAUUCCCGAAGCAUCGGCCCUGGCUGGUGGAGUCUACAAGUAUGAUGUCUCCAUUCCAUUGAAGGACUUGUAUGGUUUGGUUGAAGAUGCUAGUCAAAAAUUAGCUGCGGCCGACUUGGUUGACUUUGAUUCCGAAGCCAAGCCUGUUGUGGAAGCUAUCGGCUACGGUCACAUUGGUGACGGGAACUUGCAUUUGAAUGUUUGCGUUCGUGAGUACAACAAGCAAAUUGAAAACAUUUUGGAGCCAUUUGUCUACGAGUGGAUUCAAUCCAAAAAAGGCUCUAUUUCAGCAGAGCACGGAUUAGGAUUCCAAAAGAAGAAUUAUAUUGGGUACUCAAAGAACGAUCUUGAGAUUCAAUUGAUCAAAAACGUAAAGAACCAUUAUGAUCCAAACGGUAUUAUGAACCCAUACAAAUACGUUUAAAUACUCGCCAAUACGCACAUACAGUCUUGCUUUUACAAUUGAU